UCGCUCUGACACCCCUCCGCUUGGCCAGAGCCCCUCAUUCCUGCUCAGAGAGGAAAGCAGCAGAGAUCCAGACUGAGCUCUCCACACAACCUGACCCGGCGCAGACAGCAUGUCUCAGCAUACACUGAUGUCAACACAGGAGAGGAAAAUGCAGGCCGCUGCUAUUUGUAGAGAGAUCCAUGCCACUGAUGAAGUAGAGAUGGAUCUAGGGAGGAAAGUUAGCGCACCGAGGGAGAUCAUGUUGGAGGAGCUUUCCUUAGCAUCAAACAGGGGCUCCCGUCUGUUCAAGAUGCGUCAGAAGCGCUCAGAGAAAUACACCUUUGAAAGUAUUCAGAAUGAAGCCAACACACAGCACAAUAUUGACGCCAUUUCUCCAGGUCCAAGUGCUGAAACCACAAACAUUUUAAGUAAUGAAAACUGUCUUGGAGUUGACCAGAGAGCCAAUACACUCAACCCUGAGACUAUUGCCCCAGGUUACGGUGGUCCCCUGAAGGAUGUUCCAGCAGAGAAGUUCAACUGUACAGCAAUGCCCAGAUCCCACCAGUCACCCUGGGAACAGGCCCUCAUUAGUGACCCCUCUCUGGCCGAAACGCUGGUCGCCCGCAUGCCUGAACCCCAAACCAGACAAGAGAUUCCUCAAUACAAGAGCUUCAACAGGGUGGCUAUUCCGUUCGGUGGUUUUGGGAAGGCACCCAAAGCCCCUGUUAAAUCUUUUGACGUGAACCCCAGCCUCCCCAUUCCAAGCCCCAUGCCUGCAUCACCCGCUCCGGUCAAACGGCCCACCUUCAACAGAACGGCCUCGGGCUGGGUGGCUGACAGCACCCCUCUGAUGCUUCCCAGCAUCCCCCUUGAGCCCAUUUCAUCCAUGUCUUCCACAUUUAUCCCCGAGUCAGAUGAACUCUGAGCGUUAUCCUUGUUUUUGAGAGCUUCACUGUCACUGGAAAAUACACUGGUCAAAUGUUUGGAAUAAUUCAGAUUUCUUUCUAAGUUUUCGAAAGAAACUUUUAUUGAAAAUUAUAUUUCAAAUAAUUUUGAAACAUUAUUACAAUUUAAAAG